AUGAGUUCUACUUCUAAGGUUGCUGGUUCACCACAGUAUGCUAAAUACGAUGCAGAAGCUCGUAGACUGAGAGUGCAGAUUGCGGGAGACAAAAAAUGGCUGCAUAUGCUUAGCAUUUUAGCGGCAGGGUUUGCGCUUAUUUCAGAUGGUUAUCAGAAUAAUGUGAUGUCGAUGCUAAAUCGGGUUUUCCCUAAGCAGUAUGGGGAUCAUUACAAUUCAGAUGUGUCAACGCGGGUUUCCAAUGCGUCGUUGGUGGGUACAAUUUUUGGUCAGAUAUCGAUUGGUAUUGCGUGUGACUACAUGGGGCGUAAGUGGGCUAUUUUAGUGGCAACUCUGUUGCUAGUUAUUGGUUCUGUGAUGUGUUCGGUGUCGACCGGAAGCACUCCUACAGGGUUGUUUUGGAUGUUAACGGUGAUGCGAGGACUCGUGGGAUGGGGUAUUGGUGCAGAAUAUCCUUCUUCAUCUGUUUCUGCAAAUGAAGCUGCAAAUGAGUAUUCAGAAAAGCGUCGUGGUGGGAUUAUGGUUCUUGUCACGAACCUACCGCUCUCGCUUGGUGGUCCAUUUGCUACGGCUACCUUCUUGGUAGUUUAUUCAAUCUUAGGAUCAGGUCGACUAGAGGCAGUAUGGAGAACAAUGUUUGCGUUAGGAUGUGUGUGGCCGUUGUCGGUGUUUUAUUUCCGGUGGAAGAUGGCUAGCAAUGAAUUAUUUGAACGUGGGCGUAUGCGUAGCAAAGUGCCAUUUUGGUUAAUUACCAAGUAUUGCUGGCGCAGUAUGGUGGGUACGUGUGGCGCGUGGUUCAUGUAUGAUUUUGUCACAUUCCCUAAUGGGAUAUUUUCUGGGACGAUUAUUUCAUCUGUCAUUGGUGACUCGUCAAAUCUCACUAAGAUUGCAGAGUGGAAUUUGUUACUAGGCAUCAUUGCAGUACCCGGUGUGCUUUUAGGAGCAUACCUUUGUGAUCGUAUCGGGCGCAAAUACACGUUAAUGUUCGGAUUUACUGGAUAUAUUAUUUUUGGGCUAAUAAUUGGGUGUGGGUAUGACAAAUUAAAGAAUAUCACUCCGUUAUUUAUUGUGUUAUAUGCUUUGAUGCUCAGCUUGGCCAAUGCAGGGCCUGGUGAUAUGUUGGGAGUAGUCAGUUCCGAGAGCUUUCCUACGGCAGUUCGGGGCACUUGUUAUGGGUUGAGUGCGGCUGUGGGUAAGGCAGGCGCUGUGGCAGGAACAGGAUCAUUUCAGCCUAUUAGGGAUAGUUUAGGGGAAAGGUGGACAUUUGUAAUUGCUGCUGCAUGUGGUUUGCUGGGUAUAUUAGUAUCUUGGCUGUUUGUACCACAUUUGCGUGAGAGUGAUUUAAUGGAGAAUGAUGUCAAGUUUUAUAAUUAUUUGCUUGCUAAUGGUUGGACGGGAGACGUGAGGUAUGGAACAGAUGAAGAGGAGGGUGUUGAGUAUUACUCUGAGCGAGUUAGUGAAACAAGCCAGGAUAAAAAGCUUGGUACUGUUACUGUUAUUAAUAGAUCCUAG